GCCUGGGCUGUUGGAGGAGUAGGGUGAUGUAGCGGUCUCGCGCGAACACUAAACACUGGUGAUCUGCCUCCUCUCCCCCUCCUCCCCCUCUGGUCCUCUCACCUCCUCAGGGGGUUGACCUGUGACCUCAAGUCUAACUCCAACACCGCACCUGUCACGCUUGGCAUCGGCCUGGCACCGCCGCUUGAUUUUUAUACAUAAACGUGUUAAGCAUUUUGCACCCCCACUCGUGGAAGAGAUGACGUUUAUUGUGUGGAAAAUGUGUGAUUAUGCAUCGGUAAUCUCGUAGUGAAGAUGAUGUUACUUUCAUUUAGGGAGUGUGAGUGCCAGGCAAGUGUGGAGUAGCAGACGACCCCCCCCCCCCCAGUGCCACGUUAUUCAUUGAUUAGUGCGGGCCGCCGCGUGGUUUAGUGCCAUGGAGGCAGACGGAGGCCUUAGAGGAGCAGCAGCAGGGAGGCCCAGGAGCAGCGGUGUGUGGUGGUGCCAGUGGGUGCGGAGGGAGCCAGUGCCAGACACACUCUCCCACCCACCACCACACAACCAAAACAAACCCCCUGGCCGUGCUAGGGGCGUACACCACGCGUGCGGGCAGCUGUCGACCUUGUGGCCCCGGGAGAGGCUGCACAUGCCCUCCCUCAUCGUGCUCCUGACGGUGGUGGCCAGCCAUGUGCUGCCGGGGGCCCACGGACACCCUCUCAGGGCCACGGGAGGCGUAUGGAAGCGAUGGAGCUCCAGAGACCGCAGGGAGAUCAUCAAUGACGAUACGCAACACUACCUGAUGCAGUACGGGUACCUGCCCACCUCGGACAUGGAGACGGGCAACCUCCGUACCGAGGACCAGCUCAGAGACGCUAUCCGCACCAUGCAGCGGUUUGGCCACAUUCCUAUCACGGGGAGACUGGACGAAGCCACAAAGGAACUGAUGAAGAGACCUCGGUGCUCCCUACCGGACGUGCUGCCCUCGGACUCCCACACCCGCGCCAGGAGGUUCGUCAAGCAGGGCAAGCGCUGGGACAGGUUCAACAUCACCUGGGGGAUCCGAGCUUACCCGACCAAGAUCAGAGAGAAGACUGGCAAGCCCCAGGACCUCACCCGCUGGGAGAUACAACGGGAGAUCAGACUUGCCACUGAGGUUUGGGAUAGAGCAUCUCGACUGCUGUUCCUAGAGCUGGAGAACAACCCCCAGGAUGCGGACAUCAUCAUCGACUUUAAAACAGGCUACCAUGGAGAUGGAUAUCCUUUUGACGGUCCAGGACGCACCUUGGCCCACGCCUUCUACCCUGGCCGGGGGAUUGGAGGGGACAUGCACUUUGAUGACCAGGAGCCCUGGGUCCAGCACAAGGACUCCAACAACACGUGGGAUCGUGUGAGUCUGUUUAUAACAGCGGCCCACGAGCUUGGUCAUGCCCUGGGGCUCUACCACUCAGAUGUUGAAGGUGCCCUUAUGAGCCCCUAUCUUAUCAAGUUCCCCAUCACCUUCCGCUUGCCUGAAGAUGAUGUCAGAGGCAUCCAGGAGCUCUAUGGUGUGGAUGAGAACUGGAGGCAGGAGUCAUAUCCCGAGCCAACGUCUCCGCCAACAACUCGAGCCCCUGUUGUUACCAAGCCUCCAAUUACUAAGAAACCAAUCCAGCCUCCUAAAACUACAGAGAAGCCAGACACAUGUGACACUAGUUAUGAUGCUAUAUCUGUGAUAAGAAGAGAGAUAUAUAUAUUUAAGGGCAAGUACUUCUGGCGGCUUGAUGGAGCAGGGAAUCUGAGACCAAAUUAUCCGGCAGAAAUUUCACGGUUCUGGACGAUGCUUCCCAAGAACAUCACGCACAUUGAUGCAGUAUACGAACGAACUCAUGAUGCAAAUAUUGUGUUCUUUAUUGGAGAUAAGUUCUACGUAUGUCAAGGAAAUCACCAGUUGAUGAAGGUAGGAGGAUUAAAAAAUCUUGGGUUACCGGAGGACCUGAAGAAGAUAGAUGCGGCAUUUGUCUGGGGAUACAAUGGCCGAACUUACUUAUUUGCAGACACAAUGUACUGGAGAUUUGAUGAAACUAUUCAGCAUGUUGAGUUGGACUAUCCCCGAGCCAUGGACAUGUGGAGAGGUGUUCCGUAUGGCAUUGACUCUGCCUUCAAGUUUAAUGGUACAACAUACUUUUUCCAAGGAAAAGUUUUCUGGGAAUUUGAUGACUUCCGUAUGAAAGUGAAACCGAAGUCUCCUGCCUUGUCUGCACCAUUAUGGCUUGGUUGUCCCAACGUUGAAAAUCCGUACUAUAUGGAGCCCUCAAUACGUGAUACAGACUCGGUGGCUGCAUCUUUGAGACCCACAAUUAUAACUUACCUUGUAUCAGUAUUACUGGUUUCUUGGGCUCUUCCCUGUUUAAGCACCACUCGACUAUGAAGUGCUCAAUAGCUAUGAAAUGUGAUCAGAAUUUACAGGCCCCCACAGAGUUCUCUACUGAAUAAUUAUAAUGUUUUGUUAGUGUGCUUUGGAGAGCACGGUAAUGUCACUACAUACACAUCUUUGGUGAGGAGAAUGUAGUCUAGCUCACCUUCUAAGUAUUUGUGUCUUUCUGUGCUGCAGAUUCUACAGAAUCUUUUGAGGAUGCCUCUUCUUAUUGACAUCAAACUUAUUAUACAUUUUUAGCCAGGAAACAACCUUCCCAGUUUUAAUUGGGACAUAUAACCUUCCUUAUGGCCACUUUUGUAAAAGUUUGUAUAUGGGUCUCUAAGCAAUGCCAGAACAGUGAAUAAACAUAUUUACCAUAUUUUCUACAGCAGUAGGUGUACCUACUUUUUAUAGUAAUAACCAAUAUGCUGGAUAGUACAACUUUAGGAAAUGCACUAAAUGAAUUGACUGAUUGUGCAGUACUAGCCAAUGCAUUGGGCUUUGAGUACAGUAUAGUACUUGCCAAUGUCAACGUUAGCAUCAGUUAAAGUUUCGGUCCUCGAAAGAAUCCAGAGCCAGUUGUUUUCACUUUUGGUACUUAAAAUUUGUGCAUGUUUUCACUUGAUUUCAAGACAAUAUUGUUAGAAUGUUUGCUUUCUUUAACUUUAAACUUUGAAUAUUUAUAUAUGUACAGUACUGUAAUACAGUUCUUAUUGAAAUGGAACAGUGUAACUAUCUAGUAGUCAUUUUUUGUUAGAAGUUAUUAUUAGGUAUCCCUGAUAGGGAAAACAACUUAUAGUCAUCAUUAUAAUGAUGACUAUAUGAUGAUUACCAUCAUCAUUUACUAAAUGAGGGAUGGCAAAGGGGGGCACUUUGUUCUAACAUGCUGUCUCAUUUUGUGGACUAUAUCUUUAAAAUGAGACAUAUAAUAGUGUCAAUUUCUUUUAAUUAAAAUACAUUCAAGAAUGCCACAACAACAUAUUACCAGAACAUUAUUGAAGUUCACAAACACACGAUGUGCAGCAUAGUCUCCCAAGUAUCAUACAAUGUGCAGGAUAGUCUCCCUAGUAGGGAGCAGGCGUCUCCCUAGGGCACCUGGCAGCUGAGUGGACAACACUUCGGAUUCGUAGUCCUGAGGUUUCGGGUUCGAUCCCCCGGUAGAGGCGGAGACAAAUGGGCAAAAAUUUUCUUUCCCCCUGAUGACCCUGUUACCUAGCAAUA